GUAUGUCGUGCAGAAAAUGUCCGACUCCAAGCCUUCCGACCCAGCCGACGGGAAUACCGACAACCAAGAUGGUCGUCGAUUUAAACUCCCCGGCUGGUUGGACCACUUCAAUGCGCACGACCUGAAGACCCUCUUUCGCUGCUGGGCCGCGGCUUGGGUGGCCUCUCUGCUGAUAUUCAUUGGCCCUGCCUUGCACAAGAUCGGUAUUGCGACCUUCUUUGCGGCGUUGUUGCUCUACAUCGUGCCCCCUGGGGGCAUUCUCUUUAUCUACCUGCUCGCCGGCCUGUCACUCCUCUUUGGUAUGUGCCUUGCGUGGGCAUGGGGACUCCUCAGCAUGAAGGCCGCCUUAGCGGCACGGCCCGAUUCGGAAACCCAGGCAAUGGUACAAGCAAUGCAACAGCAGGCUGUCGCCAUCGCCAACCAAACGGGCAUCAGUCCUGCUGCGGAGGCGCGAAUCCUCGUCUACGAUGGCUUCUUGCUCGACACCCGCAUCACCGUCAUCUUCUACGUGAUGAUAUGCGUGUUCAUCUAUUUUAUGUCCCGCGUCCGCGUCGCCAACCCGAAGUUCGCUCUGGCGCAGAUCUUUGGCAUUAUCAUCGCCGACCUCUUCCUACUCUUCGGACCGACCCUGCCAUCUUUCAAGGCUUUCCUGCCGAAUGUCCUGAUUAAGCCAGGCGCCAUCGGUAUCGGCCUGGGCUUUGCUUGCUGUCUUAUCUUCUUCCCGCAAUCCACGUCUUCGGUAGCGCUGAGGCAGAUGGAGCAACUCGUCCGCCUGGGAGAAACCCCAGUCAAGUUCACCCGGCAGAUGUUAGCAGGCGAGCCGCUCGACCUGCAGCAGCUGAUGGGCGUCAAGGCCAAGAUGAUCGGAGCAUACAAAGCCAUGCAGCCCUCUUUGGCCUUUCUGCCCCUCGACUUUUCCCGUGGUCGCUGGAGCUCGGCCGAUAUCAAAAGUUUGCAAGAGCCGUUGCGACAAGCCAAUCUAUCCACCGUGUCAUUGCUCGAUUACCAUAUUACGCUUCUCAGAGCCGACCAGAAACUACAAGGGCCCAAACCUUUGUCGCAAGACGGAUCUGGCAAGAGUGACGUGCAGGAAAAGCGAGCCCGCGAGGUCGGACAGCGGCAGUUACAGGAGAGCGCAGACAUGAUGCAAGCGUUGAAUAGCCCUGAGCAUGGGGCCUCCCGGGCGCGCACGCGAGAAGCUUUGAGGAAAUCGACUGCCGGACUCCUCGAGCUGUCUUCGGAAACGAGUCAAUUGAUUGUGCAGUGUAUCCACGGGGUCAACUCUGGCCGAUGGUUUCGUCGCGCUGUGUCUCGGAGUCAACUCGGAGAGCUUGCGGCGAGAGCAGCGACCGUCUUGCAGACUCUGCAGGCGACCCGGGUAUCAUGUGCGACUCAGACAACCGAGAGCCUUUUAGAGGGCCAUGCUGAUCUGUUCGAUGAAAAUGGCCAGCUCAAAUCGGGUGAGAACCUUGGACCUCAUGCUCUCCGCGGUAUAGUUCUAGGCAUGGUGAUGGAGGAACGCAUCCUCGGCUCCGCAGAGGCCUUGGAACGGCUUCUGGCUCAGGUACUCCGCCUCAUGCAGGAGCGAACUAAGGAACGCAUAUGGAUCCCCUCGGGGCUGCGCUAUGCCUUCCGCUGGCUGGUGAACCCACGCCAGAAGGCUCCCGUGGAGGAUUUAACAGCCGCCAAUCCUGCGACAGACCCCGAUGAGGCUGAAGAGCAGACCAAAGAGGCAUAUCGCCGUCUGAAGAUUAGCCGUGGUUACGGGAGGCCCAUUCGCAGAAGCCUUUUGGCGAGAUCUCUGACUGGCACUUAUCACUGGUUCACGAAUCCCGGCGGAAUGUAUGCGCUGCGCAUGGUUAUCGUUACGAUUGCCGUCGCGAUUCCCGCUGCCAUCCCGCAUAGUACUGGGUUCUACUACCGGGAGAAAGGUAUCUGGGCCCUUAUCACCGCACAGACUACCUUACUCGUGUACAUGGGCGAUUUCACCAUAUCGCUCGUCGGUCGAGCCAUUGGCACAAUUGUAGGCGGCGUGAUGGGCAUGGUAGCUUGGUACAUUGGAGCUGGCAAUGGGCCCGGCAACGCCUACGGUCUAGCAGCAAUUACGGCCGUGAUGACCGCCAUACUGAUGUGGUGGCGUCUGUUCUUACCUCCGAUCUUCACCAUGGCGGCCAUUAUGGGCGGUGCCACCUUUGCCCUGGUCAUCGGCUUCAGCUACGACGACACUCACACAUGGCAAUACGGGCUGCCGGGACAUGGUUAUGAGGCAUUUUGGAAGCGUCUGGUCACCGUGCUAUUGGGCUUAGUCGCAGCGUUCAUCGUCCAAAUAUUCCCUCGUCCACCAUCGGCUACGCGCCACAUCUGCAAGACACUAUCCAACACCAUCCGCAUCCUCUCCGAUCACUACGCCCUCCUCCUCUCCCACUGGAGCAAAUCAGAAACCAACAGCCCCAUCAGCGCAGUAGCCGAAAAGAUCGCAAUUGAUGUUGCCGAAAGCCUACUCUCCAUCCAAGGCUCAAUCGGCCUCCUCAAAUUUGAAAUGACACUCAGCCCAUUUCACCGCGAAGCUCUAGGCAAAACGCACACCCUCUGUCAAGACAUGAAUCAAGCCCUGGGCCGUUUACUGAUGCUCUCCACCACCCUCCCCCAGCACUUCCAGGAACGGCUCGCCCAGAACGUGGGCAUGCUCAACGACCAUAUUAUCGGUGAUAUCAUGGCCGUGCUUAGCGUGAUCGAACAGGCACUCACAUCAGGCCUUCCGCUCCCGGAGCGCUUGCCGACGCCGUUGGUCAAGAGGUGUUUUGAGACCUGGCUUGCACAGCAUCGAGCUGCGGAGUUGAGUACGACGCUAGUUCGGGAUGAGAACUAUCGGCGGUAUUGUGUGGCUAUUGCUAUGUAUUUGAAGUUCUUAUCUUCUGUUGAUGAUAUGGUGUUGGUGUUGAAGGGGACUUUGGGGGAGUCGCAUUUGAUUGAGCGGUGGGAUGGUGAGGUGCCGGUUUGAUUUUGGGUAUUCAGUAUGCCCUAGAUGGGUUUGCUCUCGAUCAUGGUGUGGUGUGGUUGCUGAAAAUAUGGGGAUGUGAUAUUUAUACCAAGUAAUUGUGGUUUUGCACGUUGAGAGACAUUCAUGGUUUGUGGGUUGAUUUGCUACAAACUCUACAUAACUAAAUACGAUGAUAGAGAAAGAGUCAAUAUAUCUUUUGCAAUUUUUUCAAGCACAUCUAC